UGCUCCACUCCCAUCAUGCUCCACUCCCAUCUCUCUAAAAUAGCAAGAGGAUUAAAAAAACCACUAAAAACCUAAUUACCUAACCCAGUAAUAUGUAGUCCUGUCCUGUGUAUCAAAGGUGAAUGUAGGUGAGAAAGUGAUGCAGUACAUAUCCACAGUUCGGUUUGUGGGAUAGGAGAAGCAACACCAACACCCAAAACGGAGAGAAGGAAAACCAUUGAACCACGGAAUUGUUAACCAGCUUGGGAAGGCAUUGAGCACUCGGCCUGACGUAUAUUACCAACAGUAUAUUGCCAAGAACUCGCCAAGUUACAGAGACGCUUGAGUUGCAAUUGGAAUCUUCUUGUUCUUAUCGUGGCCACAAUAGUCAUGGUUUAUCACUCUAGUUUUGUGAACGAAGAUGUAGAGAGUAGAGCUUGUGGGUGUCCUCUUCUUCCUCUCAAGAGCCACAUCAAGGGACCUGCUCCUAUUUCAGAUCAAGAUACAACUGAUAUUGUGGAUGAAGCCAUCACCUUCUUUCGAGCCAAUGUGUUCUUCAGAAACUUUGACAUCAAGAGCCCUGCUGAUAAGCUUCUCAUAUACUUGACCUUUUACAUCAACAUCGCUCUUAAGAGGCUUGAAGGUUGUAGAACCUUGGCUGAAGGAACCAAGGCAAUCAUCAACUUGGGUCUUGAAAAGGUUCCUGUCCCUGGAGAGUCUGGCUUUCCAUUUCCGGGCCUUUUCCCCCUUCCUCAAUCACACGACGAAGCAGAAUUGUUCAGAAAUUAUUUGAAGCAGAUAAGGGAAGAAACAAGUGGGAGGUUAUUAAGCGUUGCAUACAGACCUAAUGGCACUCCAAAUAAAUGGUGGUUGGCAUUUGCAAAGAGGAAAUUUAUGAAUAUAAUCAUUCCUUGAACUGUUGGCGGUCAUGCAAUUCUUAAACCAUAGGUUGUGCUGUGAAAAGUACACUUAAAAAUACUGUUGAUCUGACAAUAAAAAAAAUAUAGUGAUUAUUGAAAGGCGUGUUAGUUGUCUGGUUUGAAACUUCCAUUUUGAUUUGAUUAUAUUCAAACCACUUGCUUGGUAGCA